CUCUUCCCGUCGCCGCGCUCGGGGCCGGGGCGCACCGGCGGGGGGCGGCGGCGGCGGCGCUUCUCCCCUCCCCGUGCCCCGCUCCCGGCGCCCGCCCGUCCGCUCGGCCCGGAGCUCUCCCGCACCCCGCGGCCCUCCCGCCGCCCCCCGCCGCCUCCCGCCAUGCUUUCCGGGGCGCCGCCGCCGCCCGCCGGCUUUCCCAGCCCUCCGCCGCCGCAGCCGCCGCCGCCCCCGCCGCCCGCCGCUCCCCACGGGCCGCCGCCGCCGCCGCAGUUCCCUCCGUUCCCCGUGAAGGGCGGCCUGCAGAUCCGGAAGAAUGCCAUCACGGACGACUACAAGGUCACCACGCAAGUGUUGGGGCUCGGCAUCAACGGGAAAGUUUUGGAGAUCUUCAGCAAGAAGAGCGGGGAGAAGUUCGCCCUUAAGAUGCUGCAGGAUUGCCCCAAGGCGCGCAGGGAAGUGGAGCUGCACUGGAGGGCGUCGCAGUGUGCACACAUUGUCCGCAUCAUGGACGUCUAUGAGAACCUCUACCAGGGGAGAAAGUGUCUGCUCAUUGUCAUGGAGUGCUUGGAUGGUGGGGAGCUCUUCAGCCGGAUCCAGGACAGGGGAGACCAGGCCUUCACGGAACGGGAGGCCUCAGAGAUAAUGAAAAGCAUUGGGGAAGCCAUCCAAUACCUGCAUUCAAUCAACAUCGCGCACCGGGAUGUGAAGCCAGAAAACCUCUUGUACACCUCCAAAAGGCCCAAUGCUGUGUUAAAACUCACUGACUUUGGCUUUGCUAAAGAAACCACCACACACAACUCCUUGGCCACUCCGUGCUACACGCCGUACUAUGUGGCCCCCGAGGUGCUGGGCCCGGAGAAGUACGAUAAAUCCUGUGACAUGUGGUCCCUCGGCGUCAUCAUGUACAUUCUGCUGUGUGGGUACCCCCCAUUCUACUCCAACCACGGCCUCGCCAUCUCCCCUGGCAUGAAGAAGCGAAUCCGCAUGGGCCAGUAUGAGUUUCCCAACCCCGAGUGGUCGGAAGUGUCAGAGGAAGUGAAGCAGCUGAUCCGCAACCUGCUGAAGACGGACCCAACUCAACGCAUGACGAUAACAGAGUUCAUGAACCACCCCUGGAUCAUGCAAUCCAUGCAGGUGCCCCAGACCCCACUGCACACCAGCCGUGUGCUGAAGGAGGAGAAGGAUCUAUGGGAGGAUGUGAAGGAGGAGAUGACGAGCGCUCUGGCCACCAUGCGAGUGGACUACGAACAAAUCAAGAUCAAGAAAAUCGAGGAUUCCUCCAACCCUUUGCUGAUGAAGAGGAGAAAGAAAGCCAACCCUGCGGAGCCCGCCGCACUCCCGCACUGAGGGCGCCCUCGCCGCCGGCCCUUGAGAAAGCAAUAACUAUAUAUAUAUUUUUUUUAAGAAAAAAAAAGACAAAAAGAGGCAGACUGUUAUAUCAAGCGCAUGGAAUUCAGACAUUUAUACCAGACUAGUUAUUUUUAGCUACUCACCUGUGUUUCUGACCUUUCUGGAGCAGGCGAUGUCCCCAUCCGAUCCACGCUCUCCGACCGGGGGGGGUUUUGUCCUAUAGGUGAACGACGCUGAUAAUUGGAUUUUAUUUUAUUUUUUUUCCCUUUUGUGAAACAUUUUUGGUUUUAUAUUUUUAUUGUGGUUUUUUUUUUUUUGUUCGUUUGUUUGUUUUCUUCCUUCCUUCCUCCGAAGACAUGGAAAUUCCUGUGGUGACCUUCCUAUAGGGUAUAUAACAAAUACUUUUUAAAACUACUGUAGAGCUGAAACCCUGACAGCGUGCUCCCUGCGUGGAGCGCUGGCUAGAGGCAAGCUUCGGGCAGGGCUCGGGGAAGGAGAGCUCCCAAAGCAGCCAUGGGGGGGGCUGGUGGGUGGUGUGCUGCCUCCCCGGCCUGGAUAUCUGCUGCUUUUAAAGCACGCUUGGGGAAAACAUGAGGAAAAGUUAUCUUUGGAGCCCUGCCCUGCCCUGGAAGCCUUGCUGCUCGCUGGGGGCACGGGGCUCUCCGCAAGCACCGCGUGCGUCUGUGCUGCUGUCUGUCCGUACGUGGCUGUGCGUCGGUACGGGGCUCACCCCCACCCUGUGCCAUCCAGUUCUGACCUCAGGGCGGGCAGGGGGCCAGGUUUGGGGGUGCCCCUCCCCUGGUCCCCCAAUCUGUGCAGGGCAAGGAUGCUUCCCCCUCCCCCCCACCCGAACGAUGCUGUGCUGGGGGUCCCCGGGUGAUGGAAGGAGGAGGGGAUGCGGUGGUGCAGGGCUGGGGUCUUGCUGCCCUCCUAUGUGGUUCCUAAGGGGGGGCUGGGAGGGAAACCCCCAUCCCUGAGCAGAACGGCGGCGCUGAAGUCUUUAAUCCAUGAGUUCUUAUUAUUAUUUGUCACGAUGUUUCACCGCAUUUAAUGUGCUCGGGGAGAAAGAAAAACGUUUUUUUAAGGCCAUGUUUAGUUUUUAGGUGAUCUUUUAGACACUGUAUGCAAUUUUAAUUUGUUUUAAGAAACAGUUUUUAUCUUAUAUAUAUAUAUAUAUAUAUUUUUUUUUUUCUCCCGUCUGUUGGCUUAUACUAACCUUUCUGGUCUGCUCUUCAGUCCUUUGGAUUAAAGACUCUUACUGCGUC